AUGCUCCUAAUCGGCCUCACCGGAUCCAUCGCGACGGGCAAGUCCACCACCUCACGCAUCCUCUCCUCCCCGCCGCACAACCUCCCCAUCAUCGACGCCGACGCCAUCGCGCGCACCGUUGUCCUCCCGGGCACCCGCGCCUACGCCCGCAUCGUCGCGCACUUCGCCCCGACCACUCCGGACCUCCUGAACGACGAUGGAACGCUGAACCGGCCUGCGCUCGCGAAGCGCGCGUUUGGGCCCAAAGAGGAGAUGAGGAAGGAUAGGGAUCUGAUAAAUGGGAUUAUCCAUCCGGCGGUGAGGUGGGAGAUGUAUAAGCUCCUCCUCCACUACUACCUCCGCGGGCACUGGGCCGUCGUCCUCGACAUCCCCCUCCUCUUCGAAACCCACCUCGACGUGCUCUGCGGCACCGUAAUGGUCGUCGCCAUAUCGUCGACCGAGGCGCAGCUGGAGCGGCUGAUGGCGCGGGACAACAUGACGAGGGAGCAGGCGGAGUGGCGUGUUGGUGCGCAGAUUCCGCUGCACGAGAAGGUGGAGCUGUGCGAGAGCGUGUAUGUGAGGAGGGGGAGGGGGUGGUGGUGA